UAGAGAUCAGUUUCGUAGGAAGAAUAUGGCUCUUCGGUUUGCAUAUGGGGUCCUCCUCUUUUGUCUGUUGCUCUUAAGGUGUGACCACAUCAGUGGAGCGAGGGCUGUUGUAAAGGAUUCUUAUGAAUCUGCUUACGGUACCAAAGAGAAUUUGGAAGAUCCGUCGGGUUACGCGUCAGGUUAUGCAGCUGCUUACCGGACUCAAAAGGUUGCAAAAGAUUCUUAUGAAUCUGCUUACGGUUCCAAAGAGAAUUUGGAAGAUCAGUCUGGUUACGCUUCAGGUUAUGCAGCUGCUUACCAGACAAAAAAAGAUGCGAAAGACACUAAUUACAUCACUGCUUAUGGUACUAAAGAUCUAUACGCGAAAUACGCAGAGAUGGAGGACGUUCCCGAGGAUCAGAACCCUGCUAAUGAAGUGAAGGACGUAGAUGAACGACACUUGAAACAAGAGGAGGUGGCAAACCAAAAAGAGAUGAACCAACCCUACAUUGCUGGGUACACAAGCAAACAAGCAAAUUACAUUACUGCCUACCGAACCAGACAAGAUGGGGAAGAAACUUACCUAGCUAAGUAUGGUACAAAAGAAGACUCGAAAGACUCUGGGAUGAAGAAUAAAACGCAGCAGAACCAUGCUCAUGGAAUGAAUGAUGUAGCUGAAAAACACUUGAAAGAAGUGGAGGCGGAUAACCAAAAAGAGAUGAACGAACAGUACAUAGCUGGUUAUAGAAACAAACAGUAUAUAGCUGGCUACAGAAACAGGCAGUAUAUAGCUGGUUAUCGAACCAGGAAAGAUGCAAAAGACAAUUACAUAACUGCUAAAGAAGCAUUGAAAAACUCUGGGAUGCAGUACAAAAAGCAUUGUGGCCAGAUUGAUAAUGAUGUGAAGGACGUAGCCGAUCAAAACUUGCAACAAGUGGAAGUGGCACGAGAAAAAGAGAUGAACCAACCUAACAUAGCUGGUUACAGACAGUAUGAGGCUGGUUACGGAAACAGACAGUAUGGGGCUGGUUACGGAGCUGGUUACGGAAACAAACAGUAUGGGGCUGGUUACGGAGCUGGUUACGGAAACAAACAGUAUGAGGCUGGUUACGGAAGCAGACAGUAUGGGGCUGGUUACGGAGCUGGUUACGGAAACAGACAGUACGAGGCUGGUUACGGAAACAGGCAAGAUGCAAAAGACAAUUACAUUGCUGGAUACACAGGGAAGAGUGAUCAGGGCCCUUACAUUGCUGGCUAUAGAAGUGCGAAAGACGUGAAAGAGUUAGAUUACAUUAGUUCAUGUGGAGAUGGGAAAGACUCUAGAGAGUCGAGCAUGGUGCAUGAAAAUCAUAUGGCAGCAAAGCCAUCAUCCCACAUGGAUCGCUCGGAAGCAUUCAAGUCAGGCUUUUUCACCAUGGAUGAUCUAUUUGUGGGGAAGACAAUGCCCCUCCGCUUUCCCAUCCAAGAGUUUCCCCACUUCUUGCCAAGAGAAGAAGCCGAUUCCAUUCCUUUCUCAAUGGCCCAACUCUCAAACGUUCUUCAACUUUACUCAAUCCUUCCAGGUUCUCCCAGUGCCCAGGCCAUGGAAAACACACUCCAACAGUGCGAAUCUCUACCCACCAAGGGGGAGAUCAAGCACUGCGCUACCUCUUUAGAGUCCAUGCUUGGUUUUGUACACAACAUCAUGGGCUCAUGGGCGAACCUGGAUGUCCUAACAAUCACCCACCCCACAGUGGCAACUGUCUCGGCACAGAAUUACUCUGUUCUGAGAAUUUCAGAGGAAAUUUAUGCUCCUAAAUGGGUAGCUUGUCAUCCCUUGCUGUACCCUUACAAAGUUUUCUACUGCCACUUCAUAGAAAGGAGCAAAAUAUUCAAGGUUUUACUAGGGGGUGAGAAUGAACAUAAGGUGGAAGCAGUUGCUGUAUGCCACAUGGACACGUCUGAUUGGGACCCUGAUCACAUUCUCUUUCGCCAACUUGGGAUCAAGCCCGGCUCGUCUUCUCCAAUAUGCCAUUUCCUCCCGGUAUAUCAUCUUGUUUGGGUUCCAUCACCAACACCAGCUACAGCCUCUAUCUAGACUAGGGUCUGCUUCCUGUAUCUUGUGUAGAUGUCGAAUAAAGGUCAAUAACCUGUAACAUAGUGGACCUUGCGCUUUUGUACUGUGAUAGUACAUGGUUUUUUUUUUCCCUUAAUAUAAGCUUAUGGUGGUGAUUAAUUUAUUGUUUGUUGUUCGUA